AUGUCUGACUCAGAAGAUUUGGUCGAACUCCCCGAGGAGGAUGAUGAAGAGGAUCUCUUUGGCGACGAGCCAGCGGACGACGUCCAGGAGGACCGCAGUCGCGCUGGUAGCGAACGCGCUGUAUCCGAUCGAGAUGCGGCAGAGGACGAGGGAGCAUUUGAUUAUGGCCAAACGUCGGCAGAUUACGAGACUAAAGUCAUUGAGGCCGUUGAAAUGCAACGCCAUCGCAUUCCUAAGGCAAAGGAUCAAAGACUUCGAUCUCUUCGCGUCCCCAAGUUUCUGAGGUUUAUUCCUACGCUAUACGACCCCAACACGUUCGAGCCCACCGAGGAAGACAUCGAAAACGCGAGAGCAGACAUCCCGAAGGCCGACGUCCGUGUUCGGAGGCACGGCAACAAACUUCAGAGCAACGCCAUGAUCCACAGAUGGAGCGACGGUUCGGUCACCAUCACUGUUGGCGAUGAACAUUUCGAAGUGACAACCAAGGCUCUGGCCCCAGGUCCUGACCAGCCUUACUCUGAACUUCAGGACGGGCAUUACUACGCCGCUUCAGCCGAAUACUCAAGCAAUUUCCUCAUGUUUGUGGGUCACGUCACCGACCAGUACAUAGUGCGGCCUGGAAAGGACGUGCAAGACGAUGCACUCAUUGCUCUCGCAGAGCGCAUGGCCACAGUCACGCAAAAGCCUCAAGAAAAAGACAUGAUCAUCAACACAAUUCAAGACCCUGAGCUUAGGAAACGACAGGCGGAGCAAGCAGAGAAGGAGCAGAUGAAGGCGCAGCGCCGUCGUGAAACUGCAGCUGCUCGCAUGGUGGAUGCUAGUCGGGGAUACGGACGUGGUGGAGGUCUUUCCAUUGGUGACCUGGAAGGUGGACGGCGCGCUGGCGGCUCACGCAAGAGAGGCAUGCCUGGAGCACCAAAGCAGAAGAGGAGGCGUCCUGAGUACGACUCUGAUGAUGACCUUCCCUCUGGUGCGCGUAGGCAGGAUGAUUACGACAUGGAGGACGAUUUCAUUGUCGGCAGUGACGAGGACAUCAGCGAAGGUCCAGAUGAUGACAACGAGGAGAUCUUGGAUGACGACGAUGAGGACGAGGCACCACGGUCUAAGAAACGACAGAAGGUUUCGGACGACGAGGAUGCUGACGGCGACGAUGAUGACAUGAUGGAGCCGAGCGGCAGAGGCAGGCGUCGUCAUGUCGUUGACGAUGAUGAUUCGGAGUAG